AUGGGUGAGAAAAAACAAACGAAUGGCUACAUGCCAAAGACACAGGAAAGCGAAAGUAAAGAUUCACCACUACAAAAGGAUAUUCCUGGCUUUUUAUCCCGGUUUUUCUUUUGUUGGAUGAUGCCAUUAUAUUACAAUGGUAUGAAGAGGGACUUAGAAGAAUUUGACCUAGUUCCUGCAAAGCAUCGAUACGACUCUAAAGUAGUGGGAGAUUUAUUAGAAAGAAAAUGGUUAGAAGAGGAGGCCAACGCGAGAGCAGCUGGGCGCACGCCGUCUCUAACGAAGGUGUUAAUCAGAACCUUCUGGUUGAAUUUCAUUCCCGGAGGAAUCAUGCAGUUCCUUUGUGUUGCUAUCAGGACGAUGACGCCGAUUCUGUUCGGACUGUUGCUGCAGUAUUGGUCGGUGAACUCAACUGUGUCACGAGAAAUGGCCGUGAUAUACGCAAUGAGCAUGAUCGCCGGCAAUUGGGUGGCUGCUUUCCUUAAUCACCAUGGCAACCUGUACUGCCAGCAGUUUGGCAUGAUGCUUCGGGUUGCUACCAGUUCGCUUAUGUACAGAAAGUUGAUGCGUAUGAACAACGCUUCCUUGGGGGAUACGGCAGCGGGCAAGGUAGUGAACAUCCUGUCGAACGACAUGCAGAGGUUCGACUUGGCGAUGCUGUUCCUCCAUUAUGUGUGGAUCAUCCCGAUCCAGAUGGCUGCCGUGUGCUACCUGGGUUACAUGCAGGCGGGGCCGGCAGCUCUUGUGGGGUUGGCUGCUAUAAUCGUCAUAGCCUUGCCUAUUCAAGGUGUUCUCGGUAAUUUAAUUGGCAAAUUAAGAUUCCGAAUUGCGGAAAAGACUGACGAGAGAAUAAAAGUGAUGACAGAAGUUAUUAGCGGAAUUCAGGUCAUUAAGAUGUACGCUUGGGAGCUGCCGUUCCAAAAUGUGGUUGGUGAUAAGCGUGCUGCUGAGAUGAAGGAAGUCAGGAAAGCGUUAUUCUGCAGGACCAUAUUCUUGGGUUUCAUGAUGUUCACUGAGCGCGCUGCUCUCUUCAUCACAAUCUUAGUAUUCGUGUUCUUCGGAAACAGUAUGACUGCCAAUGUUAUCUACCCUUUGCAGCAGUUUAUGAAUGCGGUGCAAAUCAACGUAACGUUGAUCUUACCAUUAGUGCUUGCUUUUACUGCUGAGCUUGUCGUUUCUAUUAAGAGAAUUCAGGACUUCCUAGUGCUCGAGGAUCGCCCUGACUUGACGUUGCAUGCGCUGGAUUCACCACCAGACAAUUUGUUCCGCAAUGUCGCUUCUGUUAUGGAAAAGUCUAAGGGCCCUGUCAGGCCUCUUUCAUUCCAAAUGCACUCUGAAUUCCUCGAUGCUAUGGAAGGAGCGCAAGCGCAGAAAUACAAUCGUAAGAUGCGUCGAUCGAUCUCGCAGCCAGGGUUGGAAACAGCGGUGGAGUUGCGCAACGUCACAGCCUGUUGGACCCGGAACACAGAUAUUUGCGCCCUGAAGAAUGUAUCUCUGAGGAUCCGAAAGGCAAAACUGUGUGCUAUCAUUGGUCCUGUUGGUUCUGGAAAGUCUUCAUUACUUCAACUUCUACUGAAGGAACUACCUCCUGCUAAUGGGUCGGUGUCUAUUUACGGGAACCUUUCAUAUGCCAGCCAGGAAGCGUGGCUGUUUCCUAGUACCAUAAGGGAGAACAUACUCUUCGGAUUGCCAUAUGACGCUGAAAAAUAUAAAAGGGUUUGCAGGGCUUGCUGCCUCGAGAAAGACUUCAAGCAAUUCCCCUAUAGCGAUCAGACGUUGGUGGGCGAGCGAGGGGUGUCCCUCUCGGGGGGUCAGCGGGCCAGAAUCAAUUUGGCUCGCUCCGUCUAUAGGGAGGCAGACCUCUAUUUGUUGGAUGACCCGCUAUCAGCUGUGGACGCGAACGUCGGUCGGCUCUUGUUCGAAGGCUGCAUCAACGGAUACCUGCGCGGGCGCACGCGAAUCCUUGUCACGCAUCAAAUACACUUCCUCAAGGCGGCCGACUACAUCGUCGUAAUGAACGAGGGUCAAAUAGAAAAUAUGGGCACCUUCGAUGAGCUGAUACAAUCUGGUAAAGAGUUCUCAUCUAUGCUGGCUUCCCUGCAAGAAGGCAAGGAUAAGGACGGAGAUAGCGUCGGUUCGGGAGUUAGCAUUGAGGGCAAAGAGAAGAAAGGUCUGCCAAGAUCAAUGUCAGUAACUUCAGAGGGCGAAGAAAUGACAGAGUUCGAGGCGCAAAAAAUGCAAGCGGAGGAGCGCGCUUCUGGUGACCUGCGGUGGGAGGUGAUCGUGGCGUACUUCCGCUCAGGCGGCAACAUCUGGUUCAUAUUGUUUACCAUAUUCAUGGUGCUGCUGGCUGCUGCUGCAGCCGCCGCUGUGGAUUACUGGGUUAGCUAUUGGUCAAACAGCAUGGCAGCAUACGAAGAAUCCCUAGAGGGAGAAGCACCAGAACCUGGAUUAGACGUACAAGUUGGAAGGUUCACAACUGGGCAGUAUUUGAUUAUUCAUGGUUGCCUAGUACUUGUGUGUAUCCUGCUCACCAAAUUACGUGUAUUCCCCUUCGUGGCACUUUGCAUUGAUGCCUCCAAGAAUCUCCAUAACUUCAUGUUCUCUACCAUGAUAAAGGGAAUAAUGCGUUUCUUCGAUACCAGUUCUUCAGGUCGUAUACUAAACAGAUUUACAAAGGAUAUGGGAGCUCUGGACGAAAUUCUACCAAGAACUCUCCUGGAUGUGCUCCAGAUCUACACCACCUUAUUUUUCAUUUUGAUACUGAAUGCUAUCGCCCUAUACUGGACACUGAUACCCUCCGCUGUGCUGCUUUUGCUCUUCGUUUUUAUGGUCAGGAUCUACUUGAAGACUGCGCAGAGUGUCAAAAGAUUAGAAGGAACUACUAAAAGUCCUGUGUUUGGUAUUGUGACGUCAUCCCUCAACGGAAUCGCUACUAUCAGAUCAACUGGAGCAGAGAAAAGACUAAUCAAGGAUUUUGACAAUCAUCAGGACUUGCACACUGCUGCUUGGAAUGGUUAUCUUUGCGGAGGUAGCUCUUUUGGAUUGUAUUUGGAUUCCAUGUGCUUGAUCUACUUGACAACUGUGAUAUUUGUCUUCUUAUAUAUGGACUUUGGUGAUAUAAUAGCCGUGGGCAGCGUCGGUCUGGCGGUGACCCAGAGUAACACGCUGACGGCCAUGCUGCAGCACGGGGCGCGCAUGCUGGUCGAGUUCAUCGCUCAGCUCACCAGCGUGGAGCGGAUACUCGAUUACACCCGCAUCGAUACCGAGGAGAACCUCUUUGAAGGCAAAAUUGUGUCGAUACCUACAUGGCCAUCUAAGGGAGAAAUUGUAUUUGACAAUGUGGGCAUCGUAGGCAGAACUGGUGCAGGAAAAUCUUCUUUAAUAUCGGCAUUAUUUAGGUUCGCUUUCAUUGAAGGGAAGGUCACUAUUGAUAACCUGGAUACAGCUUUAGUGGCUAGACAGGAGCUUCGUUCGAAAAUCUCUAUAAUACCUCAAGAGCCAGUUCUAUUUUCCGCAACCAUCAGAUACAACUUGGACCCUUUCAAUAUCUACAGCGAUGCUGACCUGUGGAGAUCUCUCGAACAGGUCGACAUGAAGUCGGCGGUUCCGUCUCUAGAUUACAAAGUGACAGAAGGAGGAGCUAACUUCUCAGUGGGCCAGCGGCAGUUGCUGUGCCUCGCCAGAGCAGUUCUUCGGUCAAACAAGCUGUUGAUUAUGGAUGAAGCGACGGCCAAUGUAGAUCCUCAGACUGACAAUUUCAUUCAGCAAACCAUCAGAACACAUUUCGCUUCGUGCACAGUUCUCACGAUCGCUCAUCGUCUCAACACUAUAAUGGAUUCCGACCGGGUUCUGGUCAUGAGCGCAGGACAAGUGGCAGAAUUCGACCACCCAUACAUUUUGUUGUCUGACCCUAACAGUCAACUGACCUCAAUGGUCAAAGAGACAGGAGAAAAGAGUGCCGCCCAGCUCUUCGAAGUAGCAAGAGAAGCUUACUUUUUGAGCAAUAUGAAGGAAAACGCUAGAUGA